AUGAAAGAGCACAUUAACGAUCAUGUCAAGCUCCCUGCAUUUGGCCUUUCGGAUCACGCUACCGUCGAGCUCCAGCCCUUGGCUUGCUGCAAUCAGCCAACAGCCAAACACUUCAUUCUAUUCUUUUCUGUAAGAGAUACACCUCUUACAAACAAGAUCGCAAUGAGGUUAUAUUUGGAGAAAAUCGACGUUUUGGAGUCCUGUGAGGAGAUGACGCAGAUCUUAGAAGAGGCUAUCACUUUUGGCAUGGAUACAAUAAUUCCUUUACCACGGAAAACAGUAGUAGCAAACGAGGCGCCCUGGGUGAAUACCCAGCUCAAGUAUUUUGUUCGACGUCUGCAGAAGGCACUGGCCAGCAGUAGCAUGCUUGAUUCUCGCAUGCUACGAAAUACAGUCAACCGAGAAAGGAAGGCUUGUCGGGAAAAAUACUACGAGGCGAAGAAAGUGAAAAGGCUCAGCGGUAUCUCUAAGGCAGUCCGCGUGGACCCAGUAUUUGAUCUCAAGCACCUCACUGGCGUUGAGGGUGAAGUUGCAAAAGACUCGAAGCUCCUGGCCAAUUUUAUAAAUGACUCUUUUCUAUCACCAAUGAGUGUUUUUACGCCCUUGAGUCGAGAGUCACCUGCGCACGCCUACACUCACCUUGCCGAGUCCGAGCCUACCACCAUAACGGAACACUCGUUUAUCACUAAGUUAUCCGCAUUAAAUGCCAAAAAGGCGUCUGGUCCAGAUAGUAUACCCGCGUGGCUUUUAAAAGAUAAUGCCGACCUGAUCGCUGCCCCUGUUGCGGCUAUUUUUAACUCCUCCUUUCGGGAGUGCCAACUUCCGAAAUCUUGUAAAAGAGCCGAUAUCACUCCUCUUUCCAAGCAAACACCUAUUUUGGAUGUCAACAAACACCUUAGACCAAUCUCGCUGAUCCCGAUCUUGUCAAAGGUGGCUGAAAAAUAUGUUAAACCCGCUGUACUGAAGAAAAUAGAUCCAAACCAAUUUGGGACAGUCUCAAAUUCCUGCACGACGCAUUCGCUUAUUACUAUGCUACACAAUUGGUACAAGAAUACCGACGGGAAUGGCUCAACAGUACACGUAGUACUCUUCCACUUCAAAAAAGCCUUCGAUCUCAUUGAUCACCGGAUACUUCUUGGUAAAAUAGAGGAGUACGAUCUGCCCGUGUGGACUAUCAAAUGA